AUGCCCAAACCACCCGAUGAUGAUGAUGAUGAUGUUUGUUGCCCAUUCGGAAGCCUCCAAGGGGGGCUCGACUUGGAUGAUAUCCGUGUGACCGCUUAUGAGAUAUUCUUCACCUCAUGCAGGUCCUCCCCGGGUUUCGGUGGGCGUAACGCCCUUCAGUUUUACUCUGCAUCGUUAUUGAACAAUGCCGCCGCCGCUGCUGAUCAUGCUAGUACUAGUAAUAACGGCGGUGAUAAUGAACCACCACCCGGAAGCCGUAUCAAGAGGGCCCUUGGUUUGAAGAUGCUUAAACAACGUUCUCGAAGGAGCAACUCAUGCGGAUCCAACCCUUUAUCUCCCGGUGGGCCCAAUUAUGGCAUCGGGUUUUCGACAGUACCAGGGGGGAGGUCCAGGAGACCAUUGACUUGUGCUGAAAUUAUGAGACAACAGAUGAUGGUCUCUGAGGCUAGCGAUAACAGGCUUCGAAAGACCCUCAUGAGGACCCUCGUUGGCCAAAUGGGGAGACGUGCAGAGACCAUCAUUCUCCCGUUAGAGCUCCUUCGCCACCUAAAACCAUCUGAGUUCAAUAAUUCAAACGAGUAUCACACCUGGCAAAGGCGUCAACUCAGAAUCCUUGAGGCCGGGCUCCUCCAUUACCCCUCAAACCCCUUGGACAAAGACGACGACAACUUUGCGACGUGCCUUCGAGAAAUCAUCCAGGGCAGCGAUCUUAAACCCAUCGAUACAGGAAAAAACUCCGAGACCAUGAGGACCAUAUGUAAUUGUGUAGUUUCAUUAUCAUGGAGGAGCGUGGAUGGUUCCCCUACUGACGUAUGUCACUGGGCUGAUGGUUUCCCUUUUAAUGUCAAGCUCUACGUCUCCCUGCUGCGCUCCGUCUUUGAUUUGAAAGACGGGACCAGCGUGCUUGACGAGGUAGAUGAACUGGUGGAGCUAAUGAAGAAAACAUGGACCACGUUGGGGUUUAACAAACCCAUGCAUGACUUGUGUUUCACGUGGGUACUUUUUGAACAAUACGUUAUGACGGGACAAGUGGACAACGAUCUUCUCAGUGCCUCUUUUACCAUGCUGACCCAAGUGGCCAACGAUGCCAAGAAAGUUGAGGAUAGACGACCCAUGUAUGUAAAGAUGUUGUCGUCUGUCUUGACUUCGGUUACCAUCUGGUGUGAGAAGCGACUGAUGGAUUACCAUCAAAGUUUCAACAAAGCGACUAUUGGAGUCAUGGAACACAUUCUUCCUCUGGUUUUCUCGGCUACCAGAAUCUUGGAAGAAGCUGCCGCAACAGAGAAAGGCGACAUCACUUCAGAUUCUGCUGCAGGGAACAAGGUUGACCAAUAUACAAGAUCCUCCUUAAAGAAUGCUUUCACCAAGAUGGUAGCAAACGGGCGGAACUUGAUAAGCAAAACAAUGCCAUUCCAACAAGUGUGUGAAACGCUGAUUCAACUGGCAAAUGAAACAGAGGAAUUAGCCUUCAAGGAAAAGAAAACUUUUAGCGUGGUUUUAAAGAGAUGGCAUCCUAUAUCAGCUGGAGUUGCGUCAGUGACGCUACACUCAUGCUAUGGUGCCUUGUUGAAGCAUUUCUUAACAUGCAAUUCUGACAUUAACAAUGACAUACUUACAGUCUUGCAGAGGGCUGACAAGCUUGAAAAGGUGUUAGUUAACAUGGUGGUUGAAGACUCUGUGGAAUGCGAGGAUGGGGGCAAGACAGUCAUCAGGGAGAUGGUUCCGUAUGAAGUCGAUUCUAUUAUCCUUAGAUUUUUGUCAAAAUCAAUCACCGGGAGGCUCAAGAGAAUCAAAGAUGUUCUUCACAAAGCUAAAGAAACUGAAACAUGGAAUCCCAAGUCAAAAACUGAACCGUACGCACAAUCAUCAGUUGAGCUAAUGAAGCAGGCUAGAGAACUAGUUAUUUCCUUCUUUGAUAUUCCAAUAGCUAUUUCUGAAGAUUUGGUUCACGACUUUGCCGAUGGCAUUGAGAAGAUUCUCCGAGAUUAUGCUACAUUUGUUGCAUCAUGCGGUUCAAAACAAAAUUAUAUUCCUACGCUGCCUCCCCUGACUAGAUGCAGUCGAGGCUCGAAAUUCAUCAAACUCUGGAAAAAGGCAACUCCUUGUGCAGUAGCAGGGAUGAGUCCGUAUCAUUUGGGAUUGGAGGAAGAAGCAAACCAUACACGCCCUUCAACUAGUCGUGGAACACAACGUCUUUACAUCCGCCUUAACACGUUGCACUACAUUAUUUCCCAGCUCAACUCUGUUGACAAGUGUCUUUCACAUCCCUCAAAUAAAAUUGUUCCUUCCCAGAAAAACCGUCAUACCAGCAACCGACGCUUUGAGCAUACUCGAUCCGCAAUCAUGGCUGCCACGGAACAUGUGUCGGAGGUUGCAGCCUAUCGCCUGAUAUUCCUAGAUUCAAACUCGGUUCUAUAUGGGAGCCUGUACAUAGGCCAUGUGGUGAAUGCCAGGAUCAGCCCUGCGCUUAAGGUUCUGAAGCAGAAUUUGACUCUUUUGUGUGCUAUCGUGACAGAUCGUGCUCAAGGUUUGGCAGUAAAAGAAGUGAUGAAGGCUUCUUUCGAAGCCUACCUUAUGGUUCUAAUAGCCGGAGGAAGCGGGAGAAGUUUCACGAGAGCGGAUCACGAAAUGAUUGAAGAUGAUUUGAAGCAUUUGAAGCGAGUGUUUGCAACUUGUGGAGAAGGCGGCGGCGUAGAGGAAGAGGUGGUAGAAAAAGAGGCCGAGACGGUGGAAGGGGUGGUGGGGUUAAUGGGCAAGUCAACGGAGCAAUUGGUGGAGGACUUCACAGUGGUGGCUUGUGAAGCUAGUGGUAUUAUGGGAUCAUCAUCAGGAGGAGUAGGAGGGCAUCAAACACUACCUAUGCCUCCCACCACCGGAAGGUGGAGCUGCAGUGAUCCCAAUACCAUGUUGCGAGUUUUGUGCCAUAGAAAAGAUCGUGUCGCAAACCAAUUUUUGAAGAGAACUUUCCAUCUAGCCAAGAGAGCCUAAUUUUGGAUGCUGCUGCUGGACA